AUGAGUUUGUUGCAUGGUUCCAAACAAGACAAAAUGAAAGGCAAGCCAUACAUGGAUGCCUUGGGCUUUCAUGAUACAGAUUUGGUUGUGUUUAAAUUAAACCAUGUGUGGAUUCUCAAGUUGAUUUCUCAGAUCGUCAUUCUGGGGCUAGUUCUUCUGUCUUUCCCCUGGGGAUUAACAUCGAGUUACGGAUUUAUGAACAUAGCGAGAGCUGAUGAGGUGGCUAAUUAUACUCCGAUCAAAUUAGAGGUCUUGCCUCUAAUUUUUCAUGAUUUGGCCAAUGAGGGCCUUCUCAAAGCUGGGGAUAGGUCCCUAUUUGUUACCAAUGGAAAUGAAGAUGUUAUCUAUGAUUCUCAAGUUACAAGCGACCAUCACAACAUGGAUUUGAUUUCUCUUUCAAAUCUGGCACAAAAUGAAGAGAUGUAUGAUGUUGCGCUAUUAUUUCCCUAUGACUCUUCCAAGUCUCUCGAUUCCGUCGAUCGAGCUCUUAAGGUUGGUGGUAUUGUCGUUGUUCAACUAAUUAGUGACAACCCCAUGGUCACAUUCUCACAACCAUCCAACUACAAAAUUGUCUACGUACGAAAGUUCGACUCCACAAUAAUAGCCAUGCGCAAGACAAACAUAAUUGUUUCGAUCGAGUCAACAACUCCACAUCACCAUAGAAAACUGUGCAACUUUGGCUCAAACGCGAAAGAGGCCGCAUUGAAGAAGCUAGAAGACGUACUACUCGAGCCACCAAGAGCAUUAUCAGGUAAAUCGAGUAGGUAUCUCAAAAAGACACGUUACUUGCCCGAACUGAUGGACAUUCCCCUCGAGAGCUAUCCACGUAGGGUGUUCAUCGACGUUGGUUUGCAAGACAAAAACGAGAAAUCAGGUGACUCUAGUUGGUUUUCGAAGCAUUAUCCAACCAGGAACACGAAAUUCGAGAUAUUCAAGAUUGAAACUGUGGCAAAAGAAGCAAAUGCACCAUUGAUUGGAAUGUCAGAUUGGCUUGAGAAAAAUGUGAAGGAGAAUGAAUAUGUAGUAAUGAAGGCAGAAGCUGAAGUGGUGGAAGAAAUGGUGAGACACAAAGCAAUUAAAUUAGUUGAUGAACUUUUCUUAGAGUGCAAGCAUCAAGGUGGGAAAAAAGGUGAUAAAAAGAAAAGUAGGAGGGCAUAUUGGGAAUGUUUAUCUUUAUAUGGUAUGUUGAGGGAUGAAGGCGUUGCUGUGCACCAAUGGUGGGGUUAA